AUGGCCGAACUAGGAACUUCGAGAGCUUCGCUGCAAACUGCUUUGGCUUCCAACGCGUCCAGAGCCGGUGCAUGCACACAGUGCCACUCUCGCAUCUUCCCUUGCAACAUUGGGCUGUGUUGCCCCUGUUUGCCCAGCAGCUGGAGAAGUGCAAAGGAUUGGCUUCAUUUGAUCCUGAUUUUGGGGGUUCUCUCCACAGUUGCCUUCAUCAUCGUGCAGAUCGUUGAGAUUGCCACCCAGCAGCAUUGCCGCACGCCCUUCUGUUUGGGGCAGCUGGUUUCUGGCGUGCUGAUACUUCCCAGCCUUUAUGACUUCUUUAAGUUCAUCGGGACGUAUGACGAGUCUCUACAGGAGCACAAGCAGCGGGCCGAGGACGAAGUCCAUGGUUUGAUCGAGAGCAUCAACCAACAGGUGGCUGAGAUGCAGGAUGUUGCAGCCAAGCUCACUGAAAGUGCCACUGACUUUGCUUUUCGCUCUUUCGAUACUUCUCGGGAAGGCUUCGAGAAGUUCAUCCUGGAUUUGAAGCUGUACUACAGCGAGCUUUACGUGGAAGAAGAGAUGCUCGAGGAGUUGCGGUCCUUCAUGCUGAAGUGGCUGGUGGUCUUCUCGCAAUCCCUCCUGGACCCCGACACGAAUCCUUUGCUCAAGGGGAUCGAAGAAGAGUUCCGGAGGUGCACGUCGUUGGAUGAGCUUUGCGACAAGGUCACUGGACGUCUGAGUCGUCUCAAAGUGUCCACUCGCUUAGCCUUGAUGGCCCCGGCGGAUUCCUAUGUGCUGAACCACCAGGCCAUUGAGGACGUCGAGCGGGCUUCACAGACAUCUUCCCAGACGACCUUCUCUCAGGCCUCGGCGAAGUGUGGCGUCUCCUGGUUUCGCUGCACAUGCAGCCGGAGAUUUGGGAGACAGGUGGCACGAACCCGAGAUGGCAACUUUUCAAGGGAAUGGCCUUUGGAGAUCGCUUUCUGCUGCGGCUCCAUCACCAUCCUUUCGAGGCGGCAUUUGAGUCAUUUGCUUUACUUCCUGGUGGAUGUGAGCCUCAUCGUGUACGAGGUGCUCACCCACACUCAGGUUUAUGCCAUGGCUUGCGUGGCCGCCAAUGCAGUUUGUGUGGUCAGUACGCUGGCGUGCUUUGAACAAAUCGAUGAGAUCGCUCAGUUACAGCGAAGAAUCCACAAGUAUCGACAAAGGAAUGACCAAGUGCAGGAGAGGCACCGGGAAGCAAAAGAGAGCUGGGCCAAGGUGCAGCAACUGCACGAUUUGUGGAAUUACAGGACCCAGCCCUUCCUCAUCAUCAUGGGCAAGAUCCACCGAGCUUUGGACAAUCAGGAUCGAGAGCAUGCCAGGGCACUAGAGCUCGCCCGACGGCGAGGAGAAAGUCUCUCAGAUGAGAGUCUUUCCACCCAAUCACGGGCGGAGUGGAUCCGGCGCGCCAAUCAAUCCUUGGAGUGCUUGGAUCAGAAGUUGGGAAACAUCCAGAAUUGGACCAAGGAAGGCAACGCUCCGUUAGCCAAGGACUGGAAGGAGACGAUUGGGCGACAACUCCGCGAAGCGGAGCGCGAAACGGAGAUCGACAAGCUCGUCCAGGUUCUGCCAAUCCUCACCAGUGACCUUCGUCAGAUUGAGGGCGGCAUCGGGCCAUCCGGCCGUGAGAGGCGUGCAGCCUCCCCUGAAGCCCGAUGA